AAAAGUCAGAAGCGGAAAAUGGGUGGGCGCUUGUGAAGUACGGUUCACGGACGUUGUCGCGAACUUUACCGGUUUGCAACUACCCCCCCUGGACCCUGUUCGUCUUUUUUGUUACAGUCUUAGACCAUGGGCAGUGUGUUGGCUGCUGCCUCACCCACUCCGGCCCCAGCUCCAGCUGGUGGUCAAGGGGUCCCGGGUUUGGUCUCCGUACCCCCCGGCUUCACCAUGCCCCCAGUGUCUUCCGUCACUCCAGGGUCCGAAUCUGACCAGCAGAAAGCUGAUGCAGAUUCACCACUCCAGAACCCUGGCACAUAUGAGGAGUGUCACAGGAAAUGUAAAGAGAUCUUCCCCAUGCAGAUGGAAGGGGUGAGGCUAGUAGUAAACAAGGGCUUAAGUAACCACUUCCAAGUCAGCCACACUAUUACUCUCAGCACCCUGGGCGAUUCUGGAUAUAGAUUUGGUUCUACAUAUGUUGGAAGUAAACAGACCGGACCAGCGGAGUCUUUUCCGGUCAUAGUUGGUGACUUGGACAACACUGGCAGUCUGAAUGCGCAGGUCAUCCACCAGCUCACAAAUGCUGUACGCUCCAAAAUAGCAAUGCAGACUCAGCAACAUAAGUUUGUCAACUGGCAGUGUGACUUUGAGUAUCGCGGUCAAGAUUUCACCUCUGCGGUGACACUUGGAAACCCGGAUGUACUUGUUGGAUCUGGCAUUAUGGUGGCCCACUAUCUCCAGUCAAUUACACCAGCACUGGUUCUAGGUGGAGAACUGGUUUAUCACAGGAGACCAGGGGAGGAAGGGACUGUAACAUCUCUCUUAGGGAGGUAUACAGGUGACAACUUUGUUGCAACUUUAACUUUGGGCGGUGCUGGAGCUCAUGCUACAUACUAUCACAAAGCCAACGACCAGUUGCAGGUAGGAGUUGAAUUUGAAGCCAGCACAAGGAUGCAAGACACCACGACAUCCUUUGGUUACCAGCUGGACGUUCCCAAAGCUAAUUUGCUUUUUAAAGGAACAGUUGACAGUAAUUGGGUGGUUGGGGCAACCCUGGAAAAGAAACUAGUACCUCUUCCUCUUACCUUGGCUUUGGGGGCCUUCCUCAACCACCGCAAAAACAAGUUCCAGUGUGGCUUUGGGGUCACCAUUGGCUAACGGUGCACAGGCUGCCUGGAACCAGCUUACAGACCACGGCUUGGACUGGCACAGAGACACCCAGGAACCUGAACUAUGUUUUAGGAAUUGGAUUCAAAGACUCUUUUACAACUGAUUUCUGGGGCAGAUGGGAAGGGAAAAAAAUGAGAACUACCAAGGAGCCAGGACUGGCCAAGCCAUGCCUACAUACUGUAGCACAAAUGUCUUUCCUGUGUGAUGUAUUGGAUAUUCUGAGAGGCUAGAAUGGCAUCUAUCAGAGAGCUUCAGGUGAUGCAUGAGAACAUGUGACGUGAAAAUUUAAGUAAGUGGUACAGUAAGACAUAAUAUAUCAUGUAUGGAUUAAAAUAAAUGUCAUUUCCUUUUGUACAACUUGAUCAGAUUUUUCAUUAAAAAAGCUGGAUCUGGGGUGUUUCUAA